UAGUAAAAUACCAUGCAUAGAAGACGUUUUUAGAUAUCAUGUCAAUCAUGUCUAUGGUACCAUAGAGGCAUAGAUGAUAACUGAUGUAUGCAAAAUAUUCUUUAAGAAAAAUGAUCACUGUCAGCUUUCUGCUAUUGAUUUUGGAGCUCUGCAGUUUUAGAUCUAAUUAAUUUUACAAUGAAAACAACCUUUGCAAAGGGCAAAUCUUCUUCUUAGGUCGUUCAUUGUAUUUCAUUUUUCUUUCUGAUUCAAUGAUAAAAAAAAAGAUUUUAACAAAAACUAAAUAGAAAGAUUGAUUGUGUUUAAUUCUUCUUCUUGUGGAAUGAAGCAAACAUCUAAAUCUAGUUCUAGAUUCCAAGCUGAGUCAGACAGCAAAUCUCUACAAUUGGACACAAUUAGUACCGUUUCAAGAGGUGAAAGUUUCAUUCUAUGUUCUUCUUGCAAUAAGCAAGACUUAACUUGUGUUCAACAUGGCAAAUGCGUUAAGUACACAAGAUUACUAAGCAGUAAUUCUACAACAUCCCAGAUAUAUGAAAAUUCUUUCCAAUUAAUAAAAAGCAUAUCAGAUGGACCAGUUUCACUAGAAAGUAUUCCAACAAUAAGCUUAUUCAAACCUAAUCUUGGUGAAUCAAGUCCAGUGGAUAAUGCACCACAAGAAGUAGUAGAUGAACCAUCUUCAAGUGAUCACUGCUUGACAUUGAACACGCCAGCAGUACUGGGUACUGACAAAAUGCCCCCAUCACUUCUUGUAUAUAUAAAGCAGCAUCAGAAUAAUAUUGCCAAUAAAAAUAAGUUAUAUUUAAGUAGCGUAUCUCAUGUUGAGAGUACAGAACCUUCAAAAACAAUGUCUCACAUUGAUGAUAAUGAUGACACUGAUACAGAAAUUAAUGAUUCAUCAUCAGAGCCUAGCUGUGAUAAAACUGUUUCUGGUAAAAGUUUGUAUUCAUUACCAACAUCUGAUACUGUGAUUUUAGAUGAAGACAAGUAUGUUCCUGCAACAAAAAAUCAUUUACAGUGUGAUGACACUUUAAUUUUAAAUCAAGAAACAGAAGUACAUCACAAUUUGAAUACUACGUCUUCAAUGCCUACAGUGUUAGACAAUGUAACAACUAUUUCUGACAGAAAUGUGUCUGGGGAUAUUAUUCCUAUUUUACCUCUAGAAAGUUCAAGUCAACUGUCUGCUUCUCUUGAACCAAUAAAGAAAACACUCUACUUCUUGUCAAGUGAUGGACAGCUGACUGCCAUUAGUCUCACUCCCCAGCUUUUGACUGCCAUCAAUGAGGCAGCAGUAAUUAAACAGUCUGAAGCUAAAGCAACUCAGACAGACUUAGUUUUUGGCACAGGGAAUUUGUUUUUUAAAUCUCUUGUGACAUCAAGUGAUAAUCAAAAUUCCUGUAGUAGAGAUCAGUUGUGUGAUGUAUCCAGUGUAGGGGAAACAACCCUUGUCACAUUUAGUAAUGACAACCAAAGUUUGUAUGACAAUUCAGUUGACAAUGUAGGCAAUAUAAACAAUAUCAGUAGUCAAAGACUUAUUGAGUUACAUUCACAGAUUCCUGAUGCUGAGAAUCAGACUGACCCUAUUGGUUCCUUUCUUCCUAGCAAUGACUUAGUGAUUCAUAAAGCACCAUUGGUAAAGACUGACUGUCACAAAGAGAUCAAUUCCAAGCCAGACUUUAAAAAUCAAGCCAAGUCACUUACUAAGGUAUAUCAGUGUGACUUGUGCAUUGCUAAAUUUACAAGGUUAGGAAAUUUCACCAGGCACAGAAAAAUUCACAACCUACAUUCUGAGAGUCAGCCAUUGUUUAAAUGUGAAACUUGUGGUCGAGAGUUCUUACAGCGCUGUGAUCUAAAGAGACAUAUGUUGAUCCACACUAAACAGGAGCCGCAUCGAUGUGAUCAAUGUGGCAAAGGAUACAUACGAAGAAGUGACUUGGUAGUACAUUUAAGAUUUCAUAACAAAGACAAGGCUUUCAAGUGUUCAUUGUGUGAGAAACAAUUCUUUCAGACUGGAGAUUUAAGCCGCCAUAUACGCCGGGCUCAUAAACCAAGUAGUCAGCUGACUUGUGGCCAUUGUGAUCGUAAAUAUGCACGUGAGACAACAUUAAUCCGCCACAUGAAAACUAUGCAUAAAGAUAUUAUUGUACAUACAGUUUAGGAAUGGGUGAAAUAGACUAGAGUUAAUGUCAAUGUUUCAAAUGAACUACAAUCAAGAUAAUAUCUUUCCUUCUGGUAACUUCUUGUAUCAAUUUUUUGGAAACUUUACCAGCACUCAAGUGAUCACCAACUUCUAAAACAUUUCAAGUUACCAACAAAAUCAUUUACUUGAGUUUUGAACCUACAGAAUGUAAACCUCAUUUUAUGCUUCCUUAAUCAUAAGAAUUUCUAAAUGAGAGGUCAGACCAAUGUAAGCAAGAACGCUCUAUGAAGCAGAAUUUUUAAUGUACAUUUUGAUCAAAUGUAUGAUGUAUGCUUAUGACAAUAUUGACUAAUAUUUUUCUGAUUUGUGAACUAGUGAGAUGAAUUUCUAAGUAAAAAUAGGGUUUUUAAAGGGGUUUCUUUUAGCCAUGUUUUCUGUCAUCUGAUACAACCACUUCAUUUCUUGUAGGGGAGUGAUAUUGCUGAACAUUAUCAAAAUUUGCUUGGUAGCAGCUUGGUAUGUGACACUCAACAAACCGUAUCUUUUGUUUUUGUUUAAAUGACUCUCUGUUCACAUUGGUUAUAUAGCUAUUAGAAACAGACUUCAAUGCUUUUUGUUUUAGCUGUUUUAAAAGUUGAAUAGCUCUUUCAACCUGAAUCAGAUGUCCUUAAAGUCUGAGAUCUUCCGAUUCCCUAUUAUGGACCUCUUGACCAGGGAAAGGAUUUUAUCCCAUGGCCACGAUGAGGCAUUGGCUCUUCACCAACCCCUCUGUCUGGCGCCCCCCUGCGACUAAGUGAUCAUAUAAUCACACCAGUCUGGUCGUAGGACACGGUCCCUUAAGCCAACGACAUGAGUUCCUCCUCCCAUGCGAGGCCGUAGGCCGAGCCCAUGUGGGGGUCCUCCAUAUACCUAUAAUGUCCCACCGAACCGGUGCGAGGGUCCAUCGUCACCCGUAUGGCCCGCGUUAGGGAACAGAUCGGUGGGGGUUUGGACUGGUUAGCGAGCCUUUGUUACAUCCCUAUCACAUGCAGUGUACACUCGCUAGAGCCUACUAGUGGUAGCCCACUGAGAGCUAUGUGUGCUACCGUUCUUGGCCUAUCCAAUUCCCUUGGCGGAUAUUUCCACGGAGGCGCCACGCUGAGGCGACGGUAGCUGGAAUAUCCUCCGGCUCUUUCAACCAGACUAUUAGUUCAACUGAUCACAUUUUCAAAAUUUUUUUUUACAAUGUGAAGUAUGUUAUUUAUUCAACAAAGUGCUCUUUUCUGCUGAAUACUGUGUGCUUAAAAUGUGCCACCAAUGUUGUAAUUGUUAAUAAAUGAAGUCAAAGUGUGAAUUGUUAAAAAAAAAUUGUUAAUUAAGUUAUUGAACUUGAUCUACUCUGAACAUUGUGAUUUAAUGUCAAUGUGUGAUUUAAUGUCAGUGUAUGAACUACUGAGUCAUACAAUGUAUAUGUAUGUUAAAAGAAAAAAAAAUUGUCAAGUGAUACUUUAUCAUUCUUUAUGGAUGACAUUUGAAAAAUAAAUUAUAUAUCAACUUUGUUUUUUACUGUAUUUACUUUCUUGCUUUUUUUUUAUUUUUUUUAUUUGAAGGUUGUGUAUUGAUUUCUCAUGAAUACAUAUAUAUAAGCUAAGUUAUUACUUGCUUGUUGUCUCUAUAUACCAGUACAAUGGAAUAAAUCUUUUGUCACAUAGUAGGACCAUUAUAUUUCCUGUCACUGAAAAUAAAAAUAAUUUCUUAGCCAGUUAUAACAUUUUUUCAAAGAUCAGUGACCUAAGCCAUAGGAUUACUAGAUGUCUGUCAAAAGGACAUUUCUGCUGUCCUGCAGGUGUAGGUCUGAAAUGUGAAAAUAUAUUGCUUUAUCAAUCAAUCUAAUUCAAUCCUUCAAAUCUUAUGAUUUAAGUUCACCAACUCAAACAUUACAGAAAAGUGAUUCUAUGUCUUUUGACAAUCUUCUUGCUGAACUUGUAUGUUCAAAGCUGUUUAAAUAAACAUUGUUGCUCAGAGUUUCUGAA